AUGUUUCCAACUUUGUCCUCGAGUUCUCCAGACAGUUGUGUUUCAGCAUGGCGGUCCCUUAAACAGUCACCUUCUCCCUCACCUAUCCUGGGCCCCAUCCACAAACCCUCUCCCUCACCUAUCCUGGGCCCCCAUCCACAAACCUUCUCCCUCACCUAUCCUGGGCCCCCAUCCACAAACCUUCUCCCUCACCUAUCCUGGGACCCCAUCUACAAACCUUCUCCCUCACCUAUCCUGGGCUCACCUAUCCUGGGCCCCCAUCCACAAACCUUCUCCCUCACCUAUCCUGGCCCCCCAAAUCCAUCCAAACAAACCUUCUCCCUCACCUAUCCUGGGCCCCCAUCCACAAACCUUCUCCCUCACCUAUCCUGGGCCCCCAUCCACAAACCUUCUCCCUCACCUAUCCUGGGCCCCCAUCCACAAACCUUCUCCCUCACCUAUCCUGGGACCCCCCAUCCACAAACCUUCUCCCUCCACAAACCUUUCUCCCUCACCUCAUCCUGUAUUCCCCCUCCACAAACCUUUCUCCCUCAAACCCUUUCCUGGGCCCCCAUCCACACACCUUCUCCCUCACCUAUCCUGGGCCCCCAUCCACAAACCUUUCUUUCCUCACCUAUCCCCCCCAUCCACACACCUUCUCCCUCACCUAUCCUGGGCCCCCAUCCACAAACCUUCUCCCUCACCUAUCCUGGGCCCCCAUCCACAAACCUUCUCCCUCACCUAUCCUGGGACCCCAUCCACACAACCUUCUCCCUCACCUAUCCUGGGCCCCCAUCCACAAACCUUCUCCCUCACCUAUCCUGGGCCCCCCCAUCCACACAACCUCCUCCCCCUCACCUAUCCUGGGCCCCCCAUCCACAAACCUUCAUCUAUCCCCUCACCUUCUCCCUCCUGGGACCCCAUCCACAAACCUUCUUCCUCACCUAUCCUGGGACCCCAUCCACAAACCUUCUCCCUCACCUAUCCUGGGACCCCAUCCACAAACCUUCUCCCUCACCUAUCCUGGGACCCCAUCCACCCUUUCUCCUCACCUAUCCUGGACCCCAUCCACAAAAUCCUGGGCCCCCAUCCACAAACCUUCUCCCCCUCACCUAUCCUGGGCCCCCAUCCACAAACCUUCUCCCUCACCCAUCCUGGGACCCCCCAUCCACAAACCUUCUUCCCUCACCUAUCCUGCCCCCUCCACAAACCUUCUCCCUCCCCUAUCCUGGGCACACCUUAUCCCCCAUCCCACACACCUUCUCCCUCACCUAUCCUGGGCCCCCCAUCCACAACCUUCUCCUCACCUAUCCUGGGCCCCCAUCCACAAACCUUCUCCCUCACCUAUCCUGGGACCCCAUCCACAAACCUUCUCCCUCAUCCUCCCUCCACAAACCUUCUCCCUCCACCUAUCCUGGGCCCCCAUCCACGCACCUUCUCCCUCACCUAUCCUGGGCCCCAAUCCACAAACCUUCUCCCUCACCUAUCCUGGGCCCCCAUCCACAAACCUUCUCCCUCACCUAUCCUGGGCCCCCAUCCACAAACCUUCUCCCUCACCUAUCCUGGGCCCCCAUCCACAAACCUUCUCCCUCACCUAAAAAAAAGCAGUAA